AUGAAAAUUAUUCGUCGAUUUCGUCAGUACGUUUCACUUGUACGUAGUCACAAUGUUGGGUCACUGACGAUACAACGUCAAGCGCGUAUUUGGUAUGCAAUGAGCAGAUCAAGAAUUUCUGACUUUAAUACAUUCGUGGCAAAUUUUUUGAUGGAAUUUGAAACAAAGCCACGUUCCAGUAGUGGAUCGGCUAAUUCAAAGGUAACUGCACCGUCCGUACCACCAGUAGGAAAGGGUUCAUCGGUGAUCGUUCGUCGAGAUCCAGUGGAGAUUCAUUUAAUUAAGUCUCUCAACGAUCAGGUUAUUAGAAAACUCAAAAGUUUUAGUCGUAAACAGGACAAUGUCGUCACAUGGCUUGACGAUUUGAAAGCAUAG